AUGGAAAGCACAGAGGCAACAUUUCCAGAAGCUGAUGUCGAAAAGGAGUUGAACCCCGCCGCGAACCAGAAGGUUGAGGUUGAUCCUGUCUCUGCAGAAGUUGCAACUUCAUUGCAGAUAAAAGAACAAAUUGAUGCAGCCGAUAAACAGAAAGCAAAGGAGAAGAAAGAUGGCUUGGAAACGCUGAAGUCAGGCAUCAUUGUUUCAGGAAUUGCCAUAGCUGUGGCCGGAGCUGUUUUUGCCAUUGUCAAAAAGCUAAAAGAGAAAUGA